GGUGAAGCAGGGGCUGGAUAGCGUGACAGACAGAGAGUGCGCAUCUUCUAAACACAGCAGUAGAGAGAGGAGCAGCAGGCAGCACGGGAGCAAACAAUCCGUGAUGGAUCUUUACUUCAGAGGCACCACGUGGAUGAUGCCCUUGCUCUUUAUGAUUCCAGACUUUACCCACAGCAGUUCUUGCCCCAGCAGUUGCCGAUGCAACCCUCAAGGCGCUGCCAUGUGUACUGGCUCCACCAUCACUGAUAUACCGCCUCUGCCUCUCCACACAUACCUGCUGCAGCUCAGUGUUACAAACAUGAAUGUCCUAAAUGAGCGAAGUUUAGCAAAUCUGGACCUCCUGCUGCGUUUCAGUCUCAUAAAGAGUCAUCUACACACCGUCCAUCCUCAGGCUUUCUUCAUAGCUCCCCAGCUCAAGUCUGUCAAGCUGUCAUCUAACGAUCUGUCGACCCUUCCUCCUCGAGUGUUCAGUCCACUUGCUGCUCUUGAGCAGCUGCAUCUAGAUGGGAACCAGUUUGAGAACAUUCAUCCAGACAUGUUUGAAGGACUGGGUGGGUUGCAGGAUCUGGACCUAAGCCGCAACAAACUCAGGAGUCUUGAUCCAGACCUAUUUGAAGGACUGACCAACCUCACCUUUCUGAAUCUUGGAAGGAACUUCAUAAAGAAGCUUCCUCCUACCAUCUUUCACUCCUUGACUAAACUUCAGCAGCUUAUACUCUAUUACAAUGAACUAGAAUUUCUAGAAGCUGGCAUCUUUGACAAACUCAUCAACCUCGUGGAGCUAAAACUCCAUCAAAACCAGAUUGCCAGCCUUCCACCUAAAGUCUUCUGGCCUCUGGGGAACCUGAAAAACCUGACCUUAUCCUCCAACCAACUUCAGGCCAUCCCAGAAAAGAGCUUCUACCACAUGCCAAAGUUGGUCAAACUCACCAUUUACAAGAAUCCACUAUUAUCUCUACCAGAUGAGCUGAUGGGUCACAUGCCCGACAUGACAGAGUUCUAUCUAUAUGCCACCAACCUCAUCACGGUUCCUGGAAAUUUGUUCGCUAACAUGUCUGGGCUGCUUAUGCUGAACUUCCAUUUAAAUGACAAUCUGAGGGACCUUCCACCAGAUGUUUUCUGCUGUCUUCCAAACCUUCAGAAGCUCUCGCUAAAAUCCAACAACCUCCAUUAUCUUCAUCCCCAGCUAUUCUCCAAACUAACCACCCUGAAGAAACUUCACCUCAAUGACAAUAAGUUGUAUGGCCUACCAGAAGAUAUCUUUAAGGGUCUUGGAGAGAUUCUUGAAAUUUUAUUGAACAAUAACAACCUUAGCAGUCUUCCAGGAGAUAUUUUCGUGUCUCUUCCAGCUUUGAUGAAUCUGACUCUGAGUGGAAACCCCUGGGAUUGUAAUUGUGCUAUCAGAGGCAUUGCAAGAUGGAUGAGACACAAUGAGCAUGUGCUUUGGGACAGAGAUGACGUGAUGUGUCACACUCCAAUCUACCAGCUGCUGCGUACCGUUGGCUCGCUGCAUGAUGAAGAGUUCAGCUUUUGCAGUGCUACAACAGCCAAGAGUUUUCCUCUACAAGAUUUGAACCGGUCACCAACACAACCACUCCACAUGUUGUCAACCUCUGGACAAACAUCAGCUUUAACUUCCAUAACCACACCCCCCACAACGGCUACUCGAUCCAAGGAAGCGGCGAUCCAAACCACUCAAGGAGCUACCCAAAAAGUCCCUGACAAAAUAACCACUCAGACUGUAAAAGCAACCACAUCAGAUGAUACAACACUCUCAGCAUCACUUUCCACUGAACUUAUUGGUAAAUUUGCUCAGAACAUGUCACCUCCUUUUUAUGGCAUAUUGGUGAUAGAACCGGGGCCUGAGUUUGUCCACCAUAACCAUCAGAAAGGCUGGGUGUAUGUGUGGUUUCUGCCCUCAAACACGGCUUUGGCUGGGUUCCUCAUGUUCUCUCACAUCCUUCUUCUAGCUACAGGGUUGUCGCUUAUUCUUGCUACCAUGUAUGGCAUGUAUCGCCUCCACAAGGCCACGUAUAAGCUAAAGGCUGAGUGUGCUCGUCAUGAGGCGUAGCGCUGGCUUAUCGGGCUGGUGCACAACUAGAUAAACGAUCCUCUUCUAGCGGCUGACAAUUACUGUGUUUGUUUUCUCUGAACACAUUUCCUCAGGAAAAUCAGACUUUGAAAUAUGAUGGAAUUGAACCCUGUGGGGUUUUUCAGAAAAAAGCACAUUCAGAUGGUAUUGUGUUUAAUUUUAUAUCACAGCUAAACUAAUAUCUGUCAAUAGUCAGCAUACAGAGCAAAUAUUUGAAUGUUCAUCAAUCAAAUGGGAAGAUUUUAGGUCUAUUUUGAAACUGGGUAGCUAUGCAGACUGCUAAAGUCCUGCCUGUUCAUGUCCAAAUUAUUCAAAUUAAAAGUGCCCAACACUGGUAAAAAGAUUCAUGCUAUGAUGCACAUAUUCAAACUCUUUAAAAAAUAUUGUGGUGUAAUUAUGAUAAUAAUGAUAAAAUGAGAGGAUUGUAUAAUGCCUUAUAUACAUAUAUCAUUGUUUAUUCUAUAGUCAUACAGUUUCUGUUAAAGCCGGAGAGAGCCACUGAAGAACCCACCUGUUGUUGACCACUGUUUGUUUUUCAAGCAUAUAAAGUGAAAACCUGGUUUCUUCCACUGGUCUUUUGCUUUCACCAUGUCUCGAGUCAUACACACUGAUGCCUGCUGUAUUUAUAAAUGUACGUUUUAUCUACUAUGCCAAGACUGCAGUGCUUCAGCAGCUUAUAGAUAACACACGUCAGUGUUAAAGCUGCAGGUGAUUUGUUUCCCUCCAGUGGUGGAUACUUGAAACUGCAAGACGAAAGCGCACGACUGGACAGUGUCUACUUUUAUAUUUGUGCUAUUUACAGAUGUUUAUUUCAAAAUGUUAAAGCUGUGUGUGUUGUGAGCUACACUUUAUAUACCCAGAGCCUGUUGUGUAUUUCUCUUUGUAAGGCAUUCAUGUAAUGGCCUUUUUUAAAAGCUAGGUUAGGGUUAGCUGUGAUGCUGUCAUCAUUUGUAUUUUAUGCCAUGAAAAUGAAUGAUUAAAGUGGGUUUUUUUUUAUAUCUUAAACCUGUCCACUUCU